GCCGGCGGACGCUGAGGCGUCACGGGCGCGCCGGAUGCUGAAGAAGCGUUUCCGGGAGGCCGUUGGGAGCCGUUGGAGACCUAGCGUCGCAGGGAGCAUUGCUUUGGAGAAUGUCUGGAAGUUUCUACUUUGUGAUAGUUGGUCAUCAUGAUAAUCCCAUAUUUGAAAUGGAAUUUCUGCCUCCUGGAAAAGUGGAGUCUAAGGAUGAUCAUCGCCAUCUCAACCAGUUCAUUGCCCAUGCUGCUCUUGACCUAGUAGAUGAGAACAUGUGGCUUUCUAACAACAUGUAUCUGAAGACUGUGGACAAGUUUAACGAAUGGUUUGUUUCGGCUUUUGUCACAGCUGGACAUAUGAGAUUUAUAAUGCUUCACGAUGUAAGGCAAGAAGAUGGAAUUAAGAACUUCUUUAAUGAUGUAUAUGACUUAUAUAUAAAGUUUGCAAUGAAUCCAUUUUAUGAACUUAAUUCUCCUAUUCGAUCCAGUGCCUUUGAAAGGAAAGUACAGUUCCUUGGGAAGAAACACCUGUUAGGCUGAAUAAAUGAAUUUCUUGUGUGCUUUUUCCAUACUUCCCCGAUUAUUUAAACUGUAGUUCUGGUUAUUUCUCAGCAUGUUUGAUAUUCAUCUUCUGAAGACUGGCAAACUGGAUGCUGAAGAAGCGUUUUCGUUGCUGUUGCCAAUAGAGUUCAGAACAGGCAAGCUUCUCUGGUUAAAACAUGUAACUUAAGAAGUUUCCUUUUAUGUGCUAUGGAAUAGGUACACACUGAGACGUGGGUGCCAGUGCAUAUGCAAAAUGUAAGCUUCUUAUAUGCGGUGGGAGGAAAUCAGAUCUAAACACAAAAAACAUCUCCAGUCAUGCAAUUUAAUACAAAUAAAUAGUAAAAGAGAAUUCUUGACUGUUUGGCUUAAGGGGUUAAUUUUGUUAUACACUUUUCUACUUACAGACGUUUGCUAGAGAACAUACUCUGCAGACUAAUCAGACUAACCUUACUUUGUGGUAUUAAUUUAGGUCCAUGUUUAUAUUGUAAUGUGUAAUGUAUGUAUUAUAAAGUGUUUAAUAAAAAGAGGGUGUAUCAGCAAA